GCCGGCACCGUGGUGGUCCAGGGAUCCAUUUCUGGCGUUCGCGCAGUGGAGGACGACGUCCAGGGCAGGGGCCUGCCGGCGACGGUUGACGUCGUGACCGUCGAGGUUGACAUGUUCUACCCCGGGCGAAUGGUCACCUGCGUGGUGACCACCGAGGCGGCGCCGGACGGCUUCACGCCCGAGAUGUCCGUCCUGGAGGACUGCGCCAGGGAUGACCCGAGCGCGACCUUUCCCCGCUGCCACGGCAAAGCGACGACCCCCAGCCAGUUCUCCGGCACGGGAUGGAACCAGGUCCACAUACCGCUCGACCUGGACCCGAGCGGCGUGCCCGCGCCUGGCGACGUCGCGUCGCUGCACGUGUGGUGCUGGGACCCCGGGCUGUGCAGCAACGAUCUCUGCGUGGUCCCGGCGAACAACGUGGGCGCGGUCGUGGAGAGGAAGAAUUGGCUCCAGCAGACGGACAACGCGUGGACUGCCGUGGUUGCGACUCCGUUCACGCUGAGCCUGCCUCUGGCCGAUAACUUCGACAUCUCUCAGCAGUGGGCCCGCGCCAAGAUCGUGGAGAAGGGGUCGAGUUGCAAGAGCAGGGUGCUGUCCGACGCCGUGGAGGGCCUGGAGUGCGUGGAGGCUGGCGCCGGCAAGUGCGAGCCCGCCCCGGACUUGUGGCUGCCGGAGACCUUCGGCGCAGGCACUCUCACGGAGCUGCGGUGGUCGGGCCUGAGGGUCCUCACCGACGGCGUCUUCGACGUGUGCUACUGCGAUCGCCACUACGAGCAGGCCUGCAUGAAUUGGACUCUCGUCGGCGAGCUGACUGUCCAGGGCCCUGAGAGCGUGGGGACAGCCAGGUACGAGACUGAGCCGCAGGAGCCCUUUGACGUCACGCUGCGCGGCUCGGGCUUCACCAGCGGCGACCGCCUGCGCAUCGUCACGGAGGGCGUCGCCUGCACUGCCCUGGCCGCCCAGGAGGUGACACCGGUAGAGGACUCCGAGCCCGGAACGAAUUCCAGCUCCCGGAGGCUCAGCGUCGAUUGGUAUUCAGGACCCCCGAGCUUUUCAAACUCCACGCAUCAGACCUGGGAGGACAUUCUGCUGAUUGGCGCUCCAGCUGGGGUCACCUGCGACAUCUGCUGGUGCAGCGGCCUGAACAACGUUUGCACGCUGGCCUCGCGCUAUACGGUCUGGCUUGGGAAGGUCACCGUGGACAACAUGGCCGACUGCGUCCUCUCCGACUGGGUGGAGGCAGGCGACUGCAGCCGGCCGUGCGACGGCGGUGUGCAGGUGUGGAGCCGUGAUGUCGUCACCCAGGCCUUCGGCAACGGCGAAGCGUGCCCUUCCGUGCUCACGGAGGAGAGGCCUUGCAACGAGGAUUCGUGCCCUCUGGCGGCGCCCCAGAGAGUCUACACGUACCCAGCCGCCAUCGCGGUGGACUCCCCGUUCCAGGUCACCGUCGAGGGCACGUGGCUGUCCCCCGUGGCGGACAGGGUGCUGAUCGUGGGUGGCGACGACGAGUGCGGAGACGCGCAGAAGCACUUCGGCGGGGCCGCGUGCAAUCAGUACGGGAGCCACGACACCAAGAUCGUCUGUGGCGACGGGGUCAACUCCAUCACGCUCCCCACCGCUGGGACCUACAGGCUGUGCUUUUGCGACGCCAGCGCCGCACAGGGUGGCUGCAGUAGCGUCGGGGCCUACAUGCUGGAGCCCUUGGAGGGCGGCACGUUCGAGGUGCACGACGCCGUCAUGCCGCCGGGGGCCGAGGCGGGCGAAGACGCCCUCGACGCCAGGAUCCUCGUGGGCAUCGGCCUGCUCGUGUCCUGCUGCUGCAUGUGCUGCUGCGCCUGCUGGAAGUGCUUCAUGGGCAGGGCCCACGCGGUGGACGGCCAGGACGUACUCCCCAUCGAGGACACGAAGCCCAUGGAGAGGCUCGCCAUCAUCGACUCGGGCGCCGCGCAGCACGGGUCGGCGGCGCCGCCCGGCGCCGACCCGCUCGCCCAGCACAUCCAGGCGCUCGCGUACUACGAGGCGUACUACCAGUCCCUCGGCUACCCGCCAGGCGCCGCGACGCAGGCGAUGGGCGGCCCCCAGCCGGCCAUGCCCGCCCUCUGCGCGCCGCCGCCCGCAGCUCUGCCCUCGCACGGGGCGCCGCAGCCGACCAUGCUGCCGACGGCGCUGCCAGGGAUGACGCCGAUGGCCCCUGCAGCGCCCGCCACGCCGCCCCCGCUCGCGAUUGCAGGACCGCGCCCCAGGUCGGGAGCCCCCUCGCCCCGCCUCUCGAGCAGGGGGGGCGGGCCCUCGCCCCGGAGGGGCGGCCCGGCCAAGAGCUUCAAGGAGCUGAUUGAGGAGGCGAAGCAGCGCGACGCGGGUGUGGCCUUCACGGACAUGGGCCUCUCGCCGAUGCCGACCCCGACUGCCACGCCGCGCAUAGCCGACGGGGACGUGACGCCCCGGCCGACCUCGGGCGGCUCUCCCUCGAAGGGGCCUCUCGCGAUCGAGGAUGGCAGUUCCGCAGAAGGUGCUGGUGGCCUCGGGAGGCCGCGCAGCGCGGGGCAGCGGCUCAGGCAGCCCCAGCUGUCCAACCGGAGCACGAACGUGAGCGUCACCACCACGCCGCGCACAUCGGGCGACCCGCCGCGCCUCGCGCGCUCCGACUCGGCCAGCAGCGCCGGCUCCCUGGUGCUCUCCGAGACCACGAUGGACGAGAGCAGCAGGCCGAACACCGCUGGCCUGGACGGGCUGGCCCUCGCGGAGCCCGUCCUGGACCUCUGCGGCGACGGCAUGACUCCGCGACAGGACCCCGCCGCAGGAGCCCCGCCGCUGACGCCUGUCAGCGAGGAGCCGGCCGAGGUGCAGUAUUUUAUGCUGUAG